CUCCACCACGCGUGGGCCACUAGCCCAUCGAAAGCUCCAGGGCUCACCACUCUUGCCCUCUCCUUCACUCCCCCCUGACGAAGCAAUGGCGGCGGCGGCUGGUGCGGCUGACCUACAACUACGGCUGCGCCCGAAGGCGAGGUCGCGAGGACCGGCGGCGGCGGUGGUUGCGCACGGAUGCAAGGACCGGUUGCUACGGCUUCGCACGGAAGCGCGGACUGUCCACGGAGGUGGCGCACAGAGGCAACAAGCAAAGGAUCGACGACUGCUGCGCAUGGAGGCGUGGACGUGUACUGGCGGCGGCCUCAGCUUUCGCGUCCCUAGCGGUGCUAUGGACCCUGAUGGAUGCGCUCCUCCCAACACUGGACCAUUGCGCACAUACGCACUCCACAGAUAAGCUGCGGUGUUGUUUCUAGUAAGAAAAGCUUGAUUCUCUCCUCUUUUACUCAUGGCUGCCCAAUACAUGACACACAUACGGAGUAUUUAUCAUCUGGUUCAUUUCCUUUUACUGAAGGAAAAUGUGAAAAUUCAAAAGUUCUUUGAAAGAAAGGAAAAGGAAAUUGAAUACUGAAAAGGAGUACUCAUGGUCAUGGACCGGGUUACGUACCAAGAUGUUAAUCUAUGUGCCCCGAUCUGUCAUCUGUCCAGCUGUGAACGUGAAACUAGUUGUCACUAAGCAAGGUCAGAGCUCACAUUAAUUAUCACUUCCCAUUUUCCUCAAAAUCAGUUGCUGAACCCAUCCUCAUCUUCAUCCUGCAACCACGCUUCUCUCUGCGUGCACCCUGCCCUCGCGUGUGUUGUGUGUUCUAAGCGCUCCGAUGGCUGAGGUUAUGGCCACCAUGGUGAAGGACAAGGCCUCCAGCUACCUCCUGGACCAAUACAAGGUGAUGGAGGGCAUGGAGGAGCAGCAUGAGAUCCUCAAACGCAAGCUGCCUGCCAUCCUGGAUGUGAUCGCUGAUGCUGAGGAGCAGGCCGCAGCACACAGGGAAGGGCCGAAAGCUUGGCUUGAGGCGCUCCGAAAGGUGGCUUACCAGGCCAAUGAUGUCCUGGAUGAGUUCAAGUAUGAGGCACUCCGCCGCGAAGCCAAGAAGAAGGGACACUACAAGAAGCUUGGGUUUGAUGUAAUAAAGCUCUUUCCUACUCACAAUCGUGUUGUGUUCCGUUACAGGAUGGGCAACAAGCUCUGUCAGAUUCUUGCAGCACUGGAGGUCCUCAUCACAGAGAUGCAUGCCUUCAGGUUCAAAUUCAGACCACAGCCACCAAUGUCUAAGGACUGGAGACAGACAGAUUCAAACAUCAUUGACCCCCAGAAAAUUGCUAGCAACUCCAGAGACAAAGAGAAGAAGGAGGUUGUUUACAAAUUGAUUGGUGACCAAGCGAGCAAUCUGCAGCUUAUGGUCAUUCCCAUCGUUGGAAUGGGGGGGCUGGCCAAGACCACCUUAGCUCAGCUUGUGUACAAUGACCCUGAAGUUAAGAAGCAUUUUCAGUUGCAGCUCUGGGUAUGUGUCUCUGAUAACUUUGUAGUUGAUUUAGUAGCUAAAAGCAUAGUUGAAGAAGCUAAAGAGAAGAACACCAGCAAUCCAAGUGGAAAAUCACCAUUGGAUAAACUUAAAGAAGUAGUGAGCGGGAAGAGGUACCUCCUCGUCUUGGAUGAUGUAUGGAGUCGUGAUGCCAAUAAGUGGGGAAAGCUAAAAUCCUGCCUAGUGCAUGGUGGCAGCGGCAGCAUAGUGCUGACUACAACUCGUGAUCAAGAAGUUGCUAAAUUAAUGGGCACAACUAAUGAACUAUAUAUUCUCAAAGGAUUAGAAGAAAGUUUCAUCAAGGAAAUUAUUGAGACAAGAGCAUUCAGUUCAACAAACAAACGUGACACUAAGUUAGUUGAAAUGGUUGGUGAUAUAGCAAAAAGAUGUGCUGGAUCUCCUUUAGCUGCAACAGCAAUGGGCUCGCUGCUUCAUACAAAGACCACUGCCAAAGAAUGGAAUGCUGUAUUAAGCAAAAGCACCAUUUGCGAUGAUGAGUCUAAAAUUUUACCGAUACUCAAGCUCAGCUACAAUGGGUUGCCAUCGCACAUGAGGCAAUGCUUUGCUUUCUGUGCUAUUUUCCCCAAGGACUAUGAGAUAGAUGUGGAAAAGCUAAUCCAACUAUGGAUGGCCAAUGGUUUUAUUCCAGAGGAACAUGGAGUUCAUUUUGAAAUAACUGGUAAACAUAUUUUCAUGGAUCUAGCCUCGAGAUCAUUUUUUCAGGAUGUGAAGGGAGUCCCUUUUGAAUUCCAUCACACAAAGGUUACUUGUAAGAUCCAUGAUCUUAUGCAUGAUGUUGCACAGUCUUCUAUGGGAGCCGAAUGUGCUACCAUAGUAGCAGAGCCUAGUCAGAGUGAUAACAACUUCCCAUAUUCUGCUCGGCAUUUAUUUAUAUCUGUUGAUAAACCAGAAGAGAUUUUGAAUACUUCUAUGGAAAAAGGAUCUAUAGCUGUCCAAACACUGAUUUGCACUAGAUAUUUAUAUCAAGAUCUGAAACAUUUGUCAAAAUACAGAUCCAUACGUGCACUAAAGAUCUACCGAGGUUCAUUCUUGAAACCAAAGUAUCUGCAUCACCUGAGGUACCUUGAUCUCUCUUCUAGUGAUAUUGAAGCACUUUCUGAAGAAAUAAGCAUCUUAUAUAAUCUGCAAACACUGGACCUUUCAAAGUGCCGCAAACUUAGUCGACUCCCAAAGGAAAUGAAGUAUAUGACUGGCCUCCGUCACCUGUAUAUUCAUGGAUGUGAUGAGUUGAAGAGCAUACCCUCUGAGUUGGGACACCUCACUUCCCUACAGACGCUUACAUGUUUUGUAGCAGGUACUGGCUCCUGUUGCAGUACUGUGAGAAUCCUUGAGCAGCUUAACAAUUGGGGCAUGCAAAAAUCUAACAGGACGCAGACGCGCUUUUUGUGAGCAGUCUUCGCCCGAACGGAGCAGUGUACUACUGCCACGCCUGGAGUCUCUGGCUAUAGAAUAUUGUGAAUGUUUGGUAGAGGUCCCCACCAGUGUACUACCAGAAUCUCUCAAGUCAUUAUUUAUUGACAGCUGUCCUAAACUCGAGUCCAUCGCAUUCAGCAAGCAGCUGGAUACACGAGGUGUUGCUGCAGCACAGGACGACAAAUCAGCAUUAAUUCCAGGGUCAGGGUCCUACAGCGACGCCACGGCAUCCACACCAAGGUUCUCGAUCUUCCUCCUUCCAUCAAGAAGUUGAUAAUUUAUGGCUGCAGCAAUCUUCAAGCCCUUUUAGGACAGCUGGAUGCCGUCCAAACAUUACGUAUUUGGGGCUGCAGUAGCUUGAAAUCACUGGAAUCUCUCUUAGGAGAGCUCGCUUUGCUGGAAGAGCUCUACCUUUCUGAUUGCAAAAGCCUGGUGUCAUUACCAAACGGGCCUCAAGCAUACUCAUCUCUCAGGAGUCUUACUAUCAAGUCUUGUCCUGGUAUCAAGUUGAUUCCCCAGAGCCUACAGCAACGACUGGGCGAUCUCAAGGUCGAGGACAAAGACCUAGAUGCCCAUUAUUACCAAGAGACAAAGUCUUCAAAAUAUUGGAGGCACUUUUGUGCUUGAAAUAUGCUCAUCAGUCAAGAUUUUUGCUAGAAGUUGCUUCCUCAUGGAGACCA